UUUUUUCUUUUUGUUCCGGAUACGGAAGUUUAAGGAAGACCCAGGAAACGUCCCGGGUUGAUGUUGCUUUUGAUUUGAGUUGUAAGCCCCUGGUUUCCUUUCGGUGUGUCUGAUUAAAAGGAAGAAAAAAAAGGGUGCAACAUGGAAACCAGUGAGAAAAUGGAAGUGACCGUAAAGACGCUGGACUCCCAGACUCGGACGUUCACUGUUGAGGGAGAGAUUACGGUGAAAGACUUCAAAAGUCAUAUUUCUCCUUCGGUUGGUAUUCCUCCUGAGAAGCAAAGACUCAUAUAUCAGGGGCGAGUAUUACAAGAGGACAAGAAGCUGAAAGAAUAUAAUGUCGAUGGUAAAGUGAUUCACUUGGUGGAACGCGCUCCUCCUCAAACUCAAUCUCCACCUGGGGGACCUUCUACUUCCUCCAGCACUCCCUCUUCUUCUGGUGGGAGUGCUGCGAGUGGGCCCGGAACAGGUGGACCAGAGAGAAAUGGAAACAGCUAUGUCAUGGUGGGAACCUUCAACUUGCCGCAUGUUAUGUCGGGCUUGGGUGAAGCUGGCAGAGGUCCCCGUGUGCCUACAGUUUCAGGGAAUGAUGGCUCCUCUCUGGAUCUGCAUAUAAAUCUGGAUCAGCAACUCCCUGUCCAGAGUGAGUCCCGUGUCCGCCUGGUUCUGGCUCAGCACAUGUUGCAAGACAUGCAGAGAAUACUGGAUCGUCUGGAGGCAUCACCUAGUAGUGAGCAGUCAUCAGAGCCUAUGGACUCAGCAGGAGCUGGAGAUGAUACGGAAAGCUCAGAGACCCCCACACCGGGCCCACAGAGCACAGAUGGUCAACCUGGUGCUGCAACUGCCAGUCACCCGUCUCCUGCAGAAUAUGCAGAACUCCUUCAGACCCUAUCCCGAGUGGAGGAACGCCUUGCACCGUUUAUGCAACGUUACCGUGAAAUCAUGAGCAAUGCAACUUCCUCAAGCUACGAGAACCAGGAAGAAAGAGAGCAGACUCAACGCAUUAUUAACCUGGUCGGAGAGUCACUUCGCCUGCUGGGCAACACUCUUGUUGCUUUGUCUGAUCUGCGCUGUAAUCUGUCCUCUACUUCCCCCCGUCACUUGCAUGUGGUUCGUCCCAUGUCCCACUACACUGGACCCAUGCUACUGCAGCAAGCAGCUAUUCCAAUACAGAUUAAUGUUGGCACUACUGUUACAAUGACGGGAAAUGGAGCGCAUGCUGGUCAAGCCCCAUCUGAGGGAACUCCUGCUGCACCUGCUGCUUCUUCUUCUACUACUGACUCCCAACAUGCCACUACUGAGAACCAGGCCCCACCUACUGCAGAACCCGCCCCCCCUCAGGGACCAGCUUCCUCGGCCCCACCCCCACACCCCCGCGUUAUACGCAUCACACAUCAAACUGUGGAGCCAGUUGUAAUGAUGCAUAUGAAUAUCCAGGAUUCGGCAUCUGGCGGUCCGACAAAUAUUUCCCCUCCUACGGCAGGACAUGGUGGUGGUACACACAUACAUAUGCCAGGUUUGCCACCUGAGUUUAUGCAGGCAAUUUCACACCAAAUUACCCAACAAGCAAUGGCGGCUGCCAGUGGCCAGCAGAUUCCUGGCUUCCAAGCACCGCCUCCUCGUUUUGUGUUCACAAGACCUGCUGCUCCCCCUCAGCCAUCACAGCCGGGUGCGCCUACUCCUCCACCUGGAACUGCUGGGGCAAAUGGAACAGCCCCAGGGCCAAAUGCCAGUACAAAUGGAAACGCCUCUCUAGCUCAGAUGAUCAGUGGUCUGGUUGGACAACUUCUCAUGCACCCAGUCAUUGUGGCUCAGGGCAACAACACUACAUCCUCCUCAACAUCCACCUCCACAUCUACCACGUCCUCUUCUACUAGUUUCUCCACUUCGACCACCAGUUCCUCCACUUUAGGUUCUCCCUCUGCUCCUCCUGGUCCCGCCCCACAGCCUCCUUCUGGCCCCGCCCCACAGCCACCUCCUGGCCCCGAACAACACCUCUCGCAGCUCCUCGGCUCCUUGCUUGGCACAGCAAGUUCUGGCAUGGCAAACAUCGCAAUGGGUUCCCCCAGUAUAACGGUGGCAGUGCCAGGAAUGCCAGCUUUUCUGCAGGGAUUUACUGAUAUUGUGCAGGCUGCACAAAACAUCCCUCUCUCUACCUCUCCUCCUCAGUCCUCACAGCCCCCUCCUGCGUCCCCCCCUCCUCCUUCCUCCACCUCCCCAUCCCCUCCACAGGCAGCAUCUUCAGACUCGCUUCCUCCUGAGUUCUUCACCAGUGUGGUUCAGGGAGUUCUGUCCUCCAUGCUGGGAUCUCUUAGCGCUGCUGACCAGAGUGGAACAGAGAGUAUCGCUGCCUUCAUCCAGCGACUGAGCGGUUCGCACAACAUCUUCCAGCCAGACUCGGAAGGCCCUGGCGGUUUCUUUGGUGACCUCCUCUCUUUGAUCUGUCAUCACUUUUCACUUGUGGAUAUGGUUAUGUUGUUGCACGGACAGCCCCAGCCACUGCAGAAUCUCCAACCUCAGCUCAGAUCAUUCUUCCUUCAGCAAUAUCUACACCAGGCGGAUCCCACACCUCACAACAUCCAGAUGGCAUCAAGAAACCUUAUUAAUGGCUUGGAAGCAUAUAUCCGAGAGAGCUUUGCUUCAGUUACAGUUCGUGAAGAUGUGGAUAUUACAAGAACGAAUGUUGAAUUUCUUCAAGAGCAGUUUACUCGCAUCACAACACACAUUCUGCACUGUGCAGAUGCAACCUUUGGGCAGCGUCUAUUAGAGAUGUGUAAUCAGUCUCUCUUUGAAUGGCUGGCUCUUAACCUGUACUGCCUCAGAGGGGACCAGAGCGCUCUCACGUCUGUUAUCAAUGAAAGAAUUAGGAGAUUGUCUUUGGAUGUCUCUCCUGCUCUAGUCUCAUGGGUCACAUCUGUCCUUUCCCUUCGUCUCCAAGUCCUUCUGGGGCAGAUGCCGGUGACAGAAGCAGAGGUGCAGAGACAUGUCCGUAGGGUGAGAGACCCACCACAAUCUCAGGUUCCUGAGCCUGUCUCUCAAGAGCAGCCCAUGGACACCUUGCAGCCAGAUGACCAGACUGCUGCUUCCUCUCCAGUCCCAGCCACCACAGUGGAAGAAGUUAUUUUUCUUCCUCCUCAGAGCUCAGUGCCAGCUCUGUGCACAGAUUCUGAGCGCCCGUCACAGGAGGAAGCUGGAGCUGAACCCUGGGCAGCAGCUGUGCCCCCAGAAUGGGUUCCUGUUAUCAGACAAGAUAUACAAAGCCAAAGAAAGGUGAAGCCACAGCCUCCCCUUAGCGAUGCUUACUUGAGUGGGAUGCCCGCCAAACGCCGCAAGACAAUGCAGGGUGAAGGUCCACAGCUAACCCUUUCUGAAGCUGUGUCCCGGGCAGUGAGAUCCACGGGGGCAAAGCCUGAAAGCAGCAUGGAGAGUUUGAAGAGGGACCUGGAUAACAGCGAAGCACAAGGGCGUUACAGAGAACAGCUUUGCCAGGAUAUUCAGAAAAUUCUCCAAGACAAUGAAUCCUUCAGCUCUCAGCGAUUCCCAAACACACAGAGAGUAUUUAAAGGAGACCCCUCAAAUACACCUUAGCCCCAUGUAAAUUCUAGAGACACAAUCUUCCUACAAGAGAGUACCCUUAUAUAUGUAUGUUCUGCAGAUCGUUCCUGUUUUUGAAUGUUUUCACCAUAAUUAUAUGGACAAUCCCUUCCACCCUGAAGAACCUUUCAAAAGAAUUAACUUCUGGUGCAAUUAAAAAUGUGCAGCCAAAAUGAUCGCACUUCCCCGCUGUAGUAAACUUUUGGUGUUUACUACAAAAAAAAUCAGAAAAAAACAGUUUUUAAAAAAAAAUGGCGUGUUGUUUGCAGAGACGCCGAUCUCCUGCGAAGUUGUCAAGCUUCAAACAUCUCAAGACCAUUACAUUUGUAGAUCCAUAAAUAUUCCCUAACUUCUAGUACUCUGUUACAAACGAGUUUGUCUUCGCUGUAAGGAUUGUUACUCGGUCUAAACCAAUGGGAUGGAUACCAACUUGGAUGCCCUUUUUUCUAUUUCCUCUGGAAAUUCUACAACACCACAGUAUGGCUCCUUUGCAGCAACACAAAGAGCGUGAAUGCCAAUAAAAUACAUACUGAAUAUA